AUGAUUAUUCAUUCUUCUCUUUUCUAUAAUAAAGUUAGUGCGAGUACAUCAGCACAUACAUCACCAUUUAAAAUAACUAAAUAUAAGAAGAGAAACUCUAGCAAUUGGCGACCCUGGCAGGAUGCGGUUGUUUAUGAACUGAAUGAAUGGCUUGACAAACGAUCAACAAUUUCAUAUUUUAAUAUCGGAUUAGAUCCACAAUUAUUUCAACUGAAUUUUAAAGAACAACAAGAUCGUCAAAAUUUUACUAUUUAUGCCGCCAAUGACUGUUUAUCUAUGCAACGUUUACUUAUGAAAAUGCAAAUCAUUACAAUAACACCUACAACGACAACAAUUACAAAUAAAUUUAAUGUCAAUCUUGAUGAUAUUGAACCAAUAUCAUCUGAUGAUGAACAACCUGAAUCUGAACAACAACCUCAACCACAACAACAAUCACGACAUAUUGCAUUAACAAACACAAAUAGAAUUACUUAUGAAAAUCAACAACCUGAACAACUAACUAUCGAACAACGAAAACAAGCUCAUAAUCGAACUUGUACAUUAAAACAAAGAAAAAGAUUAUAUAAACAUGAAAUUAUAAGAAGAGGAAUCGAUCGAUGA